UUUCUCGAUUGUUCGCGUGUAUUAAUCCCCUCCCCGUAACACUUUGUUCGCCGUCCGCAUAAUUUGGUAUUCGGGAACGCUUGGCCGUCAGUUCUCUUCCAUAUCUGUGGAACCCUAAUUCCAGUGUUGCCGUCGCCGGCCCUAAAUCUAGCCAUGGCGAAGUUUGGUGAGGGCGACAAGCGGUGGAUCGUCGAAGAGCGCGUUGACGGCACCAACGUCCACAACUGGCACUGGGCGGAGCGCAACUGCAUCGAGUGGUCCCGCUCGUUCCUCUCCUCCCUCCUCUCCGACCUCACCAUUCUCGACGGCGAGGGCGGCCUCGCCAUCCGCACCAAGGCACUCGAUAAGCUCGAGGGCGAGGCCUACGUCAACAUCCGCAAGGGCAAGGUCAUCCCGGGCUACGAGCUCUCCCUCUCCCUAUCCUGGGAGGGCGAGGCCCGUGACUCUACCGCUGGGGGCGACCCUCUCGUCAAGGUCUCCGGAUCCGUCGAGGUGCCUUACCUCGCCGAUGAGAACGCCGGAGAGGACCCCGAGGUCAGGAUCACCAUCCGGGAUGAUGACGGCCCUGUCGGGCGCCGGAUCAAGGACGCCUUUAUUGCCAAGGGCAAGCCGGUGGUGUUGGAGAAGCUUCGGGCUUACGUGCAGGCGAUGGCCAAGGGUGGCCCCGCGAUGGACGAGCUCGAGACCAAGAAGCCUCCCUCUGUUGUUGGAAAAAACCAGUCUGCGGCAUCCCCUGCAGUUGGAGGGAAGACUGCUCCGACCGCAUCUGUAGCGGGUAAUGCAGCGGUGGCAACGAAGGAGAAGAAGAAGACUAAAGAGGGCUUUAAGAACAUAUCUUUGACGGAGAAGUUCUACUGUAGGGCAAGGGAUAUUUAUGAGAUCUUGAUGGAUGAGAACCGAUGGAAGGGUUUCACUCAGAGCAAUUCUAGGAUUAGCAAGGAAGUUGGUGGACAGUUCAGCCUCUUUGAUGGAUCGAUCACUGGGGUCAAUGAAGAACUGCAGGAAGCCAAGCUGAUCGUUCAGAAGUGGAGAUUUGGAAGCUGGCCAGAGGGUGUUCAUUCAACGGUGAGGCUGACUUUUGAUGAGCCUGAGCAAGGAGUUACUAUUGUGAAAUUGACGCAGACAAAUGUGCCAGAGGAAGACAAGUAUGGGAAUGCCACGGUUGUGGAAAACACAGAAAGAGGAUGGAGGGAUCUCAUCUUCCACAAGAUACGAGCUGUAUUUGGUUUUGGAAUGUAGAAGCAGCUCUUUUCUUUUAUUUACAAGUUGUCAUUUCAUUGUUUCUUACUGCCUUUGAACUGCAACAUUCGGCAAUGCAUGGACUUGAUAUGCCUCUGUUGUUAGUUAACAUGGUGACUAUUGUGAAAACCUGAGACAUCUUUCUUUUGUUUGCUCACUAUCGGUGUACCCUUAUCUUGAUAAUUGGAAACUUGAGACUUGAAAUCUUGUUUACUA